AUGACUUUCGCAGAGGAAUUUCGUUCGAGGAAUUUCAGUAUCUACGGACAAUGGUCCGGCGUUAUUUGCAUCAUCCUAUGUUUGGCGUUUGGCAUUGCCAACAUCAUCACGCUUCAUGCCCUUCACCUCAUUCUUGCGAUAAUAUGCCUGGUCUCAGCGUUCAUCAUUGUCUUUGUCGAGGUGCCUUUCCUCCUCAGAAUAUGCCCCACGUCACCGAAGUUUGAUGAGUUCAUCCGACGCUUCACUACCAACUGGAUGCGUGCGGCCAUCUACACCGUCAUGAGCGUAUUGCAGUGGCUCAGUCUGAUCUCCGGCCCGUGCAGUCUUCUCGUCCCGGCUAUUGUCCUCCUGAUUCCGGCCAUAUGCUACGCUCUUGCUGGAUUGAAGAGUCAGGACUUCGUUGGCAGCAAGGCCUUGGGCGGGCAGGGUCUUGCACAGAUGAUCGUUUGA